AUCGGCGGAAGUGGAGUGUCAAUACAAUGCUAACUUCGUGUCGUCGUCGUUGUUUACAUGCACUGGUUCCGUUAGCACAAGGCUUCAUUUUAUCUAAAAAGGAACGGCGAAACCCUCGACAACUGAACAGCAAAAAUGGGGAAGUCAUUCGCUAAUUAUAUGUGUAAAAAGGAUUUCCAUCCCGCCUCGAAAUCUAACAUUAAAAAGGUAUGGAUGGCCGAACAAAAACUCACUUUCGACAAGCGGAAGCAAGAAGAUCUAAUGCAGGCGUAUCUGAAAGAGCAGGAAACCUACAACAACAGGUUGUUAAUGGGAGAUGAUCGUGUUAAAAAUGGCCUCAACUUCAUGUACGAAGCUCCACCGGGAGCAUCUAAAGAGGAGAAAAAAGAGGAGGGUCAGGAGGAGUGCAAGUUUGAGUGGCAGAAGGUUGCUCCUCGGGAGAAGUAUGCAAAAGAUGACAUGAAUAUUAGAGAUCAGCCAUUUGGAAUUCAGGUGCGGAACGUCAGGUGCAUCAAGUGUCACAAAUGGGGUCAUGUGAACACGGACAGAGAGUGUCCUUUGUACGGACUGUCGGGCAUCAACGCCAGCUCUAUGGCCUCCGAGGAGGAAGCAGGUCCGUCGAUGCACCCCUCCGAGUUAAUGGCGGAGAUGCGAAACAGUGGGUUUGCCCUCAAAAAAUGUGUCCUUGAUACCAACUCUAUUGUUUGCGAUUCCACACAGCAAUAUGUUGCCAGCGAUGAAGAAGACGAUCCAGAGGUGGAAUUUUUGAAGUCAUUAACAACUAAACAAAAGCAAAAACUCCUCAGAAAACUUGAUCGGCUCGAAAAGCAAAAGUCCAAGAAGAAGAAGAGCAAAAAACAGAAGAAGAAAGGCAAAAGAAAGCACAAGAAGAAGCAGGAGAGCAGUGACAGCUCGAGCAGCUCCUCUGAUGACAGCAGCAGCGACAGUGGCUCAGAUUCAGCCGCUCAUAGGAAAUCCAAGAGCCAAAAGAGAAAGAAGAACAAGAAAGAAGAGUCCUGUCAGGAUAACAGCUCUGAGAGCGAGCGGCGAGUCAAGAGUCACAAAAAGGCCUCGUCUCGCAGGAGCAGGUCAGCAAGCCCUCACACCGGACAGAAGGAGCCUAAAGAGGACUCCCGAGAUUACAGACAAAGAAGAGUGGAAAGGGGAAGGAGCAGGAGUAGAAGUCGCAGUCCCAAGAACAAGAACACUGCAGAGGGAGGUCGAGAUGGAGGGAGACGCAGCAGCAGGGACGGGCACAGACCUUCCGGCUCCAGAGCCGACCCAGACAGAAGCAGAAGCCGCGAGAGGGGCAGGGAGGGCCACGGUAGAGCGAGGCGUCACAGUGAAGAUGAGAGCAGACGGAAGGACAGGAGGGAAGAACGGGAGGGAAGGGGAAGAAGUCGGAGCAGAAGCAGAGAGCGAGUCAAUAGAAAGCCCUAAUACCUUCAAAUUUUACCCUGAAAUUGUUUUUUUAAUUCAUUUUUUUGAAAUGUUUAAAGCUCCUGUUUAAAAAAGUGUUAUCAUUUUCCUCCACAAGAGGGCAGCAGUGGACAGAAAAUACGCCGCUGCUCGUUUAUCCCGCGUGAGAAAAGGUUCACAUUAAUUACUAUUGGAAGCAAUUUUCCACUGAUCAGUUGAUGGGAAAAUAUUGGACUCAUUUUCAUUCAGUUGCUCACAAACAAGUCUUGAUGCUACUUUUAUUUUCUGUCUCUGUACAUAGAGGAUGCUGCUCUAAAAAGCACAUGAAAAAUAUGAAAACUGAAUCUUCUCGUCAAAAAUUAUUUUUGUUUUUAGUUCUUUAAUUUUUUUUGAAUGCUGCAAUAUUUAUUAUACUGUAUGAAAUAAAAAUCAGUAUAAUCCGGAAAA